AUGAUGAUGUCUCUGGAACGUUUAGGAAACAUGUUUAAUAUCUUUUUGGAAGCGCUUGCACCUACCUCGAUAUUUUGGUUAAGUACACUGUUGGCAACAAUUGCGUGUAAUAUUCCUUCUUUUGCUCAUAUAUCGUUGGAAAGAUCUUCUAAUCUUAUGGAUCAUCAUGGUUUAGCCCCAUCAAGACCAGAGACGUUGACCACUGCGUUCAUUUUGCUUAGUUUCUCUAUUUCUCUCUUUCUGUCGACGACCAAACCUCCUCCGGUCAUUCCCAUUCGCCGGCAACUAGCAGUUUUCACCUCCGAUUCAGGGGUAUUUUUCCCGGUUGUAGCCUUCAUAGCAUUAACCAUCGUCAACCCUUCACCACCACUGGCCUCUACAGCUACCUCUACAGCUACAUAUACCAGUUAUUUUGAGAUUUCACGGGUGGGUCAAUGGUGUUCUUUACAAUGACAAUAAUGGGAGUGGUUCUUUACAGUGAGGCAAAGAAGAGGUCGA